GGGCCGGCAUGGCGUGGCCCUGCAUCAGCCGCCUCUGCUGCCUGGCGCGGCGCUGGAACCAGCUGGACCGCUCCGACGUGGCGGUGCCGCUGACCCUACACGGCCACUCGGACCUCGAGAGCGAGGAGCCCGCCCCGGGCGACGCCGCCCCGCGCAAGGGCCCGUCCCCCGCGGGCGCCCGGGAGCCCGGCCGGGACGUGCCGCUCACUCAGUACCAGCGGGACUUCGGGGUGUGGACGGCGCCCGCGGGGCCCCGGGAUGCUCCGCAGGGGCGCGGGGCGGGGGCGGCGGCGGCGGCGGGGGCGGGCGGCCGCAGGGGCAAGCAGUCCGCGGCCCCGGGCCGGGGCGUGUACGUGCUCCCCAUCGGCGACGCAGACGCGGCCGCAGCGGUGACCACGUCGUACAGGUAG